GACAAAGUACAGAAACCCGAAGAGUUAGCUUGAAGUGUCAGACGGCGAAACGCCACUUGAGAGCCAAGUCGGUCUUCUAGAAGGAGAUCGCAAGUCAUUCUCUGUGGUGUCUUUCACCUACCAGUUAAGGAUAUAACUUGGAAGACGCCCUGAACGGAGCAAUGGAUUACGAGUCGAGCAUCAUUCGAGACUCUAACCCCAUGGAGAACCUGGAGAAACAGCUGAUCUGCCCCAUCUGCCUGGAGAUGUUCAGCAAACCUGUGGUGAUCUUACCCUGCCAGCAUAACCUAUGCAGGAAAUGUGCCAAUGAUGUCUUCCAGGCUGCUAACCCAUACUGGCAAAGUAGUCGUGGAACAACCUUAUCAGGCGGACGGUUCCGUUGCCCUUCUUGCCGCCACGAAGUCAUCUUGGAUCGGCAUGGAGUCUAUGGCCUCCAGAGGAAUCUGCUGGUGGAGAACAUCAUUGAGAUCUACAAACAGGAAUACUCCAGCCGGCCCUUGAAGAAGGGAAAUCACCCCAUGUGCAAGGAACAUGAAGACGAGAAGAUCAACAUCUACUGCUUAACCUGUGAGGUGCCCACCUGUUCCAUGUGCAAAGUCUUUGGGGCUCACAAGGACUGUGAAGUGGCCCCCCUUCAAAGUGUCUUCCAGGGGCAAAAGACCGAGCUGACCAACUGCAUCUCUAUGUUGGUGGCAGGGAAUGACAGGAUCCAGACGAUAAUCAACCAGCUGGAAGAGUCGUGCAAAAGCACUGAGGAGAACAGCCGGCAGGUAAAACAGGCCCUGUGUGAAAAGUUUGAAGCUUUGAUCACUGUCAUGGAGGAGAAGAAGAGUGAACUGCUGGAACGGAUCUCCAAGGAGCAAGAAGAGAAAGUCGGGUUCAUGCAGAACCUCAUCCAGCAGUAUAAGGAGCAGCUGGAGAAGUCUAGCAAGCUGGUGGAGAGUGCCAUUCAGUCCAUGGAAGAGGAGGCAGGAGCUGCAUUUCUCAUGUCUGCCAAGCAGCUCAUUAAAACAAUUGUAGAGGCAUCAAAAGGAGGUCAACUGGAGAAAAUCGAACCAGGUUUUGAAAACAUGGACUAUUUCACCCUUGACCUAGAACACAUUGCAGAAACAGUGAGAGCCAUAGAUUUUGAAACAGAUGAGGAUGAUGAAGAGGUAAAUGAGGAAGAAGAAACAGAAGAGGACGAUACUGGUGAUGGGGACGGUUCUCAAUAA